AUGCCUGUCGUCAAAGGAGGUGUCUGGACGAACAUCGAGGAUGAGGUGCUUCGCGCGGCGGUCUCGAAGUAUGGUCUCAACCAGUGGGCGCGUGUUUCUUCCUUACUAGCACGAAAGACACCAAAGCAGUGCAAGGCGCGAUGGGUGGAAUGGCUGGAUCCCGGCAUCCGCAAGGUCGAGUGGUCGAGGGAGGAGGAUGAGAAGCUGUUGCAUUUGGCCAAGUUGAUGCCAACACAGUGGCGUACAAUCGCACCUAUCGUGGGACGGACAGCAACACAGUGCUUGGAACGCUAUCAGAAAUUGCUGGAUGAAGCGGAAGCGCGAGAGAACGAUGAACUUGCUUUGGAAGGACCCGGCGCAGAGUCAGCUGCUCCCAGUGCUGACGAUGUGCGACGGCUACGACCCGGCGAAUUGGACCCCGAUCCGGAAUCUAAGCCCGCUCGUCCUGAUACCAUUGACCUCGAUGAAGAUGAGAAGGAAAUGCUGAGUGAAGCUCGCGCUCGUUUGGCGAACACACAAGGAAAGAAGGCGAAGCGGAAGGCCAGAGAACGACAAUUGGAAGAAUCGCGACGACUUGCAGUCCUCCAGAAACGACGUGAACUCAAAAAUGCUGGCAUUAACAUCAAGGUCGUUACCCGCAAGCAGGGUGAAAUGGAUUAUAACGCCGACAUUCCAUUCGAAAAGCCAGCAGCCCCCGGAUUCUACGAUACCAUGGACGAAGAAGCCCGCAAUGAGAGGCAACGUGAGAUGUUCGAUCCUCGCAAACAGCAGCUCGCCAACAAGCGGAAGGGAGAUCAGGAUGACGAAGCGGAGCGGAAGAAGAGGAAGAAUGACAAGGGUGGCAACUCCGCGGCGUUCGCCGCUGCUGCUCGUGCCGGCCAGAUGCAGAAGAUCCGCGAGGCGGAGCAAAGCAGCAAGCGAAGAUCCCUUGUCCUCCCGGCCCCUCAGGUCAGCGAAGGUGAAAUGGAAGACAUCAUCAAGAUGGGUAUGGCAGGUGACAGAGCCAGUAAAAUGGCAGGAGAUGAAGAAGGGGCUCGUGGUCUAGUCGGAAACUAUACUGGCAUUGUCGGUGGAACUCCCAUUAGAACACCUCGCGCGCCGCCAGAGGAAGAUCACAUCGCGAACGAAAUCCGCAACAUCAGAGCUUUGACCGAGACCCAAUCAUCGUUAUUAGGAGGCGAGAACACUCCCCUGCAUGAGGGAGGGUCUUCCACUGGAUUUGAUGGAAUUGCUCCGCGUCGCCAGCAGAUUGUUACGCCCAACCCGAUGGCAACACCGUUUAGGCAAGCCAAUGGCGUCGGUGCAACCCCUAUGAGAGGUGGUGUUGGGCCUGGUGCCACUCCCUUGCGGACCCCUCGGGAUCACUUCGCUCUGAACCAGGCAGAAGGUGGGCAGCUGAUUGGAAGUACCCCCAGGGAUAUUAAGAUGCACGAGAAUUUUAUGCGUCAAAGCAUCCGCAGCAAGCUGGCAGCCCUGCCAAAGCCCAGGGAAACGGAAUGGGAGCUGGAAGAGCUUCCUUCCGAAUCUACGGAACCAACGGCUGCUGCCGAGUACGUGGAAGAGGAUUCCGCUGAGCGCGAUAGAAGGGAAAAAGAGGCUCGAGAGCGCGCCGCAGCGGCCGAGUUCAAGCGCCAGUCACAGGUGUACCAGCGAUCCUUACCUCGGCCGAGUGUACUUGAUAUCGAUGCGAUGAUGGAACGGGUGUCUCACAUCACGGAUCCCAUCUCCAGUCUUGUCGCAAAGGAAGCGGCUCUUCUCAUUGCGCACGACGCCCGCAAAUUCCCCACCCCCGGUGCUAAAGUGGAGGGCAAAGCUCGCAAGCUGGAGCAAUUAGAUGACAGCUUCAUGGAGCAAGCCCGUGCGGCUAUUGCAGCGGAAGCCGCCACAUCCGAAAAACAGCAGGAGUGGCAGGAAAACUUCGACAAGCAGUGGACUACAAAGCAUUCCAGCGCGCUACCAGGGCUUUCCAACUACGCUGACGAUGAAGAGGAGGAUGUGUACCGGCAAGAACAGCGAAUGAUUGCAGCGUUUGACAAUGUACAAAAUUCUCUGCUGGCCACGGCAGAACGGGGCAACAAGCUGGAGAAGAAGCUCGCUUUACAUUACGGAGGCUAUCAGAACCGGGCGAAGAUGCUUCGGACUAAGAUAGUGGAAGCCCACACAGCCCUAGAGAAGACGACGGAUGAGCUGGAUGCCUUCCGUACUCUGCAGAUCUCGGAGCAAUCCGCUCUCUCACGGAGACUUGAGAAAUUGAGAGACGAUGUGGCAUUCGUGAUGCGCAGAGAGCGGGAAGCUCAAGACCUGUAUAGGACCCGGAAAGACGAGCUUGAUGAGCUCGUAGCAGGAACAGGGGGGAUGGUUAAUGGGUGGCAUUGA